CAGGAGGUUCAGGGAAUGGACCGAGGAGGUCCCGGGAAUGUCACUCCCGGAGGAGGGACCGAGGAGGUCCCGGGAAUAUCACGGAGGAGGGACCGAGGAGGUCCCGGGAAUGUCACAGAGGAGGGACCGAGGAGGUCCCGGGAAUAUCACGGAGGAGGGACCGAGGAGGUCCCGGGAAUGUCACAGAGGAGGGACCGAGGAGGUCCCGGGAAUAUCACGGAGGAGGGACCGAGGAGGUCCCGGGAAUAUCACGGAGGAGGGACCGAGGAGGUCCCGGGAAUGUCACGGAGGAAGGACCGAGGAGGUCCCGGGAAUGUCACGGAGGAGGGACAGAGGAGGUCCCGGGAAUGUCACGGUGGAGGCACCGAGGAGGUCCCGGGAAUGUCACGGAGGAGGCACCGAGGAGGUCCCGGGAAUGUCAGCCCGAGGUCGCUGCGCCUCCCCAGCCCAGCCGGGCAGCGCUGCCAGGGCAGGGGAGGCUCCAGGGCAGCAGCGGCGAGGACCGUGGGUGGCAGCGGCAGCCGAGGUGACCCCCAGACCCCCGCCCGGCCUCGCCGCCCCCCCAGGCAUGCCUUGUGGGGCUGGGCAGCGCCCAUGGCUUUCCUCUCCAGGCUCUACAGGCCCAGCAGCAGGUCCCCGAGCCGCGCCCCGCGGGACGAGCGCGGCAGCCACCCCAUCCUCAGCGUCUUCGAGCUGGAGCGGCUGCUGUACACGGGCAAGACCGCCUGCAACCACGCCGACGAGGUGUGGCCAGGCCUCUACCUGGGAGACCAGGACAUCGCGUCCAACCGCCGGGAGCUGGUGCAGCUGCGCAUCACCCACGUGCUGAACGCCUCGCACUGCCGCUGGCGCGGCGGCGCCGACUACUACGAGGGCACGGGCAUCCGCUACCUGGGCAUCGAGGCCCACGACUCCCCUUCCUUCGACAUGAGCCCCUACUUCUACCCCGCCGCUGACUUCAUCCACCAGGCCCUCAACGAAGGGAGGAUCCUCGUACACUGUGCCGUCGGGGUCAGCAGGUCGGCCACCCUGGUCCUCGCCUACCUCAUGAUCCGCCACCACAUGCCCCUGGUGGAAGCCAUAAAGACGGUCAAGGACCACCGCGGGAUCAUCCCCAACCGCGGCUUCCUGCGCCAGCUGGUGGCCCUGGACAACGCCCUGCGGCUCAAGAGGAGCUCCUGAGGAGCUGGAGCCGUGUGAGCUCUGCCCGCGGCUCACCCGCAGCCCCCCCAGCUCAGGGGGUCCAGCCCAGACCCUGCACCUGCAGUUCUGCACCCAGAACUGGCCAUGGCCUCCUUCCCAGCCCGCUCGCUCCCCGGCGCCUCCGCAGGGACUCGGCCCCGCCUCGCCGGCUGCUCCACGCCGUGCUGGAACCUCCAAGGCUCUGUUGUCCCCGCUGGCAUUUGUGUCCCUCGCUGCCAGGACAGCGCUGUGUGUCCCGUGUCGUGCGUGCCGUGUGUCCGUGGUGAUGUCAGGUGUGGUGUGUGGGCCCAGGCCAGCUCCCGCCGCGGUGUUCGGGUGUUCCCCGCGCCUCGUGCCGCCCUGUGGAAAUAAAGGCAGCGCUAAGGAA